UCUUUUCGAACAUUUCAACAAAUUGUGCAUUGGAAAUGCAGACGAACAAGCGAUCGUGUCAACGUUUCCGCGUGAAAUGGCGUGGGCGUGCGUUUGCAGGUGUUCGUGAACGCGCAGGUAGCGCAGUUGGACUUGCAGCCGUCUUGUGAGCAUGCGCGUGUUUCUUUGAGCGCUCUGCUUGCUUCUUUUUUUUCCUCCCCCUUCGAUUUUUUUUUCUUGCUGUGGUUUUAACAUCACGUCCCUGCUGUGCUGAGUGUGUGGGCGUGCAUGUGUUUGUUUCCAGCCCUCACCACCACCACCAUCGGGCGGGCAGCUCUCAACUGCGGGCUUUCUUGCUGCAUGAAGCAACAAAAGGAAAAUAAAGAGUUCCCAAGUGUCAGCGCACGUCUCAGGUACGCGAUUGGAAGAAAGAGUGCAAAUCCAAAGUUCUGACCACGGAGCUCGCUCCAGAGGACGGCAACAGCAGCAGCAGCAGCAGCUCGGCUGGCUCAGCAGCACCCGCCCCCAUGUCUCUUUGAGUCGGGACCCGGACCCACCGUGGCCCAUGCGCUGUACCCGUUUCCCUCCCCGUCCUCCUCCUCCCGCAAGCUGACGCAGAACCCCAGGCACCUCCCUCCCCUCCCCCACCCCCACUCGGUCGCCAGCGACUCGCCGCCGCCCGCCAUGGCGCCCGGCACCGAGACGGUCCACUACAUCCAUCUGCACAAUUCCAGCCAGUCGGUGCUGGAGGCCCUGCGCACCCAACGGCGCGAGGGCCUCUUCUGCGACGUGACGGUGCGCAUCCACGACGCCUCGUUGCGGGCCCACGCCUGCGUCCUGGCGGCCGGCAGCCCCUUCUUCCAGGACAAGCUGCUCCUGGGCCACUCGGAGAUUUCCGUGCCACCCCUGGUUCCCGCCGAAACGGUCAAGCAGCUGGUGGACUUUAUGUACAGCGGCUCGCUGGUGGUGCUCCAGUCACAGGCGCUCUGCAUCCUCACCGCCGCCAGCAUCCUGCAGAUCAAGACGGUUAUCGACGAGUGCACGCAGAUCAUCUCGCAGAGGAAGGCGGCGAGUGCCGCCGCGGCGGCCGCGGCUGCCGCCGCUGCUGCGGCAGCCGGCGGGGGGAUGCUGGGCGGCGUCCUCCCCAAGCAAGAGGAGCGUGGUGGCGGGGGGAAAGGCAGGGAGAGUGGCGGGAGCUGCUCAGGCGGCGGCGGCGGAGGAUACUCCAACUUCCCCAACUUUAUGGUGGAGUGUAGCGCCAGUAACAUGGGCGGAGAGAGCGGGCCCGGCCCCAGGGUUCCGUCGCAAGUAUGGAAAGAACCCUGCGGCCCCAUGGAGCAGGCCAACAAUCUGAUGACGCUGGGCGACAUAGGCGCGGCGGCGUCCCUGUGCGGAGGCGGCGGCGGCGGCGAGGCUCUGGGCGGCGGCCUCAUGAAGCAGAGCCCCAGCUGCACGCAGGACGUUCGCUACAAGCUACGCGACCUGCUGGCGCAGACGGCCGACAACGGGGGCGCCGCCCAAGCCGGCAGCCUGUCGGCGAGCUGCAGCUCCGGCGUGGACAGCGUCGGGAGGGACGCUCUCCGCGGCAACGCCACCGACCUCUCCGACGCCCUGGUGGGCAUGGAGCACUUCAGUGAGGAGGAAGACUUGGACGGCAGGGAGCGCGGCAGAGACGGAGACCGGGACAGGGGGGCCGGCGGACACAGCCGCAAGCAGAGGCAGCCGCUCAGACUACAGGUGCUGGGAGGCGGAGGCGAGGGCGUGGUGGUGAAAGACGAGGGGGCGCAGGCGGCCGACGGGACGGCCUUCGCCCUGGAGGACGGCCGGCGGGACGGAGAGCAGGGAGGACCCCAGGGAGCCAUGGCGGGCUUCGGACAGGACUUCUACGAUGAGCAGGGCGUCUUCACCGAGAGCUUCUGGACGCAGAGCGAGCCUCCUCAAGCCAUGGGGUUUAAUCCCAGAGGACGGGUCAGCAAGCCUCUGACUCCGCCCCCGACCUCGCAGUCCAUCAAUAACCAGCUUCUUUUCCAGUACCCGGUCAGCCAGUCGCAGCCGCAGCCCUUCUACAUGGGCGGGAUGGACACCAUGGCGGGGGCGGAGCCCAACCAACAGGCGCCGCCGGCCCCCAUGACACCGGCGCCGCCCCCCGCCACCAACACGGCCGCCGUGCCCGCCCCCUGCUCUUCGGGCCCCUCGCCUUCCUCCCAAGGAUCCGAGACCUCCUUUGACUGCACGCACUGUGGCAAAUCGUUACGUUCCAGGAAGAAUUACAGCAAGCACAUGUUCAUCCACUCCGGUCAAAAACCUCACCAGUGCUCCAUCUGCUGGCGCUCCUUCUCCCUGCGCGACUACCUCCUCAAGCACAUGGUGGUGCACACGGGCGUGCGGGCCUUCCAGUGCACCAUGUGCGGCAAGCGCUUCACGCAGAAGAGCUCGCUCAACGUGCACAUGCGCACGCACCGCGCCGAGCGCACCUUCCAGUGCAACGUGUGCCAGCGGGCCUUCACCCACCGCACCCUGCUGGAGCGCCACGCGCUGCAGCACGCCGCGCCCGGACGCGCCGCCGACAUGACCUCGCCCGCCAAGCGUAGCCCUCCCGCCAUGGGGGGGCCCUCAGGUAUGGCCGGGGCGGCCGGCAUGGUGGGCGGCAUGGCCAACAUGCCGGGCCACGGCGCCGUGUCCAACUAGAGCCGCCGGCGAGGGGGGCGUGGCGCCGGGACGGAGAUGGGGGGCAGUGACUUGGCUAUAAAUUUGACUUGACUCUUGUUGGCUAAAUGAUUCCCAACUUUUUUUUUUAUAUAUUAGAAAAACAUCAAUGCACACUACCAAUUAAUUUUUUUUGCCAUUGCUUGUGACGAGAAUUUUCUUUUUUCCUUUUUUUUUUUUUUUUUUUUUUUUUUUUUUUUUUGCAUAUGUUACUACAGUUACUCUGUGUGCAAGAUUUUCCGACUUGACUCGAAUUCAACGACUCGCUUGACUCUGACCACGGUAACUCGGGACUGACUCCCCCACUGUACAAUUGGCACAUUUCCGACUUAGUCCCACCUCCGCCGAAUAGUCCGGAAACUUCCAACGUGGCUCCUGCAGAGGCUUUUUUUGGAACCCAACGCACAAAUCAUCAGGACCGGAUUUCCUCAUCGUCACUCUACUGAGCCCUCACGGCUAACAACCUCACAGUAUUAACCUACACUUGAACGCUUCCGCAACAAAACAAAAGCCUCUGCAGGAGCGCUGUCCGGACCAAGUACCGGCCGGGCCAGUCCUCGUAGGCGGCUUGGGUGGGUGCAUUGAGGGUGGGUGUUACGGGUGGGGGUGGGUUGGUGGUUAUCGGGUGGUGGGGAUCUUUGAGAAAGCUCCUGAGGAGGUUGGAAAGGUUUCAUUCACAAGCACUUCAUUUGCUCUGAAAACUUGACAGUGGAUCCACGGCAUGCUGGAGUGACUCGGAACCUCAAGCGAGAGCUCGUCAAAGGCCAAAAUAGUCGCUGUGCCCCGUUUUAGCCUUGCUAAUAUGUAGCCAAGCUUGCUAGCUCAUGUUAGCGUUACUCACGUUACUCGUUACUAAAGACUCCACCAAUGCGUUUAAGACGAAUGGAACGGCACUGAAUUGAAAAAUAUUCUGUGCCAGCAAAGUUCGAGGCGGGCUAUAUGCAAACGUAUAUUUGGUUCUGUUUUGGAUUUUUGAAAAUUCACUCCAUUUUGAGAUUUGGUGGACUCCUAAUUAGACCCCGUAACCAGUUCCCCCCCCAUAAUGGCAUGAAAUUUGAUACAGAUUUUCCAUCAAGAGUAGACCCACCAAAUAUUUGGUUGUUUCGAUUUUUUUUUUUUUGGUCCCACUGACAUGUUUUUAGGGGUGCUCUUGACCUUGGCAUAGCUCAUUUUGUUGAGACUCGAAUGAAUUGACUGUGAAUGAAACCCAGGGUGGAGUUGAAAUGAAAUUCACCUUCAUCCAUUAAGACACUUUGGGUCACAGUUCCUUCGGGCGUCUACCGGCUGCCCCCCGCAAUCAAAUACCUCGAAAUAGGAUGGACUCCAAAAUUAGGAAAUGUUUGAGAAACAUUUCAAGCGUAUAUUACACGCACGCACGCACGCACACACACAUACACACAUAGCUACAAUUACCUCGGUGGUCCAAAGACAGGCUUUUUUGUGUCAUAUUUGAAGCUACAACCGUUAAAGCUUAAAAGAUGGAUCCGUUUACAUUUGAAAUGUUUCAUACUUGGGUGUAAAAAACAAACAAAAAAAAUGGCGGUGGAAGCGCUCACUUUAAAAGCGCACUCACUUUGUUCUUUGUUGCUCCUGUGAUGCAGAAGUCUAAAAAAAAAAAAAAAUGCUUUUAACGUAAAAGAGCCAUUGAGAGGAAAGUUGGUGGGAAAACUUUGACAAAUCAUUGAUUUCUAUCAGGAUUUUAUAAAUAUAUAUACGUAUAUUAUAAAAAAAAAAAAAAAAAAGAAUGUUUGGUUGUGUUUCGGGGCUUCUCAAUGUUGGUUGCUCUUCUCACGGCACAAAAUAAUUUUUAACCAUUUUUUUUUUUUAGUCAAACUAAAACUGAAUCAUGAAAUUGUACAAUCGCCCCUCAAAGAGUUUUUGACUAAGUCAAAAAAAAAAAAAAAAAGGUGAUAAUGUGACGUUAUCACGUAAAUAUUUAUUGCAAUUUGAUCUCUAUGCACACUUAAGUUUGCACAUCCUGUUUCUUAGAGCGAGAUGUCGUUGUCCCCCCUCAAGUAUUUGGCCUCUUUAUUUUGAAUUUUUUUGGUUCCACCCCCCUUCGGCGCAGCUCCUCCUCGCCAAACUUGAAUCCAAAUUGUUUUCGUAAACCUCACUCGAAAGAUUUGACAUGAAAUGUCCCUGAAAUGCGGCAAAGAUGAGGAGUGAGCACGAGCACUCGUGGAAUAAGCUAAAAUUUGAACGCCAAACCUCUGGUGCUUUUUUUUUUUGUUUUCUUUUGUUGUCGUCGAUGUUUGUGUUCUCUCUCUCUCUGGACAUAUUUACCUCAUUUUGCCAGCUGCCAACAAGACGCAGGCGGCGCACUGCUCAGUCCACUUAAGUGUUUUUGAAAUUAAUUUUUUGUUUUUUGUUGGAUUUCUCCUCAGCGGCAGAAGUGGUUGUGAUGCAUUCAAGGACCCGUGUACAGUACUGUAACAUGUCGGCGCUUUGUGACGUACUGUGUGAUGCUUUUUCUCUUAUUUUUUUUCUUCUUCUGGGAUCUUUUCUAGAGGAAAUCCUCUCUGACGAGCAGUGGCGGUUUUAUAAACUUGUCAUCCUUAAAAAAAAAAAAAAAAAAGCUGAAAAAGAAAAUGCAAGCUGAUUUUUUUUGUGUACGACAAAGGCUAAGAGGCAUGAUUUUAACCUUUUUCUGACAACUUGUAGAUGUUGUAGUUGAUGACUUUAAUUGAAUUUGAAAACUGAUUGAGUGAUUUCAAGGAUUUCUUUCUCCAAUUAAACGUCUUCUAUGACUGA